AUGGCAGCAGCCGACUCACCAACGGACGACAGUCUUUAUCCAAUUGCACUGCGAUUAAAUUCAAUCAAAAAACUUUCAACGAUUGCCUUGGCACUUUGUGCUGAACAUACUCGUUGUGAGUUGAUACAUUUUGUUCCAUUGGUACAACGUUUGGCAUCUGGUGAUUGGUUUACGUCAAGAACAUCGACAUGUGGUUUAAUAAGUGUAUCUUAUCCACGUGCUUCCUUAUUGAAGAAACGAACUGGCGGACGUACAAAUCCUAAGCAAAAAAUUGACUUAAGUGAUGAACAAAAAUCAGGUAUUAAAGAAGCAUUCGAUUUGUUUGAUUCUGAUGGUUCUGGUAAAAUUGAUACGAAAGAUUUGAAAAUUGUACUACGUUCUCUCGGCCAGGAGCAAACAAAAGAAGAAAUUGAAAGAAUAAUCACUGUUAUUGAUCCUGAUGGUCAAGGACAUGUACCCUUCGAGAAAUUUCUCAAGUUGAUGUUGACCAAAAUAGAAGAAAAGCACACAGCAGAAGAAGUCUUGAAAGCUUUUCAUCUGUUUGACGAUGAUAACACGGGUAAAAUAACUUUCAAAAAUUUAAAACGGGUUUCCGAUGAGCUUGGAGAGAAUUUGACUGACGAGGAACUCCAGGAGAUGAUUGAAGAGGUUGAUAGAAGUGGAGAUGGAAAAAUAUGUCCCGAUGAUUUUCUACAUGUUAUGAAGAAAACUUGUAUGUAUUGAUUUGAGCAAAUAAAUUUUGUCUUUAUUGAUUUAA